AUCUUCUCCUACCUAAAAUUUGCCAUGUCCGUUAUUAGCUUUAGCAUUACCAUUAGUCUAUCUGAAUCUAUAACGAUGUUAUAUUUGCCGGUUAGCCAUAAACAGAACCACGCAGCAGAAAUAUUUAGAUUUUUCUAAAAACUAAAUCAGUACAAAGUGAUGAGAAAGGAGGUGAUCGUGGUGGCGGCAACCGCGACGACGGCAGUGGCGGUUGUUGGCGGAGCGGUGUUACUCCAUAAAUGGAAACGACAGAGAGAAAACCGGUGGAGGCAUACGCAACGGAUUCUUCGUAAGUUGGCGAGUGAGUGUGCGGCUCCAGUCCCCAAGCUUUGGCUUCUUGCCAAUGAGCUGAUGGCCGAAAUGCAAUCGGGUCUGGCUUCCGACAAACCCAAAAUUCAGAUGUCCUCAUUUCCUUCCUACUCCGUUUCACUUCCAACUGGUGAUGAGGCGGGACUGUACUACGGGAUAAAUCUCCGAGGCAAUAGUUUCCUUAUUCUAAAGGCACGGCUUGGAGGAAAGAAUGAACCAAUUUAUGAUUUACAACGUCAAGAGACUCACAUUCCCCCAAAUCUCAUCACUGGUGAAUCCAAGGUAGUCAAAAAACACACUCUUUCGUGAUCCGAAUUGCUUGUUUGAUAAGUUAGCAUUUUUUUUGGUUGAUGAACAAUGCAGGAACUGUUUGAUUUCAUUGCUUUAGAGCUCUCCAAAUUUAUUUCUAUGCAUGACGACAAUUCUGGGGUGGCAAAACUGGAGAAAGUUAAGCUUGGAUUCACUAUUUCUGCUCCAGUAGAUCAAGAUGUUGCCUCAGCCUGCAAAGCCAUUGAUUGGAAGAAGCUAAAUGAUCACACAGUUAGGGAGCAAUUGACAACCGAAAUCAAUCAUGCCUUGACAACGCACAGCGUGGAUAUGCAAGUUUCCGCUGUAGUCGAUGAGGUGGUUGGUGAUUUAGCUGGAGGAAGGUACUACAGUAGAGAUAGUGUGGCUGCCAUCAGUAUGGGGAUGGGCAUAGAUGUCGCUUACACAGAAAUAGCACAAGAAGCUCAAAAGUUGCAAACCGAAUCAGCCAACUCUGUUGAAAUGGUUGUUAACAUGCAAUUGAGAGAUUUCAGUUCUGUCAACCUCCCUUUAACAGAGUUUGAUGCUACCAUGGAUCUCGAAAGCACAAAUCCAGGUGUUCGGGUAUUUGAAAAGCUGGUUUCAGGUAUGUACUUAGGAGAAAUUGUAAGAAAAGUCUUACUGAAGAUGGCUCAAGAGACUGCUUUAUUCGGAGACAUUGUGCCAACCAAACUCAUAACCCCUUACAUAUUGAGGUCACCAGACUUAGCUGCUAUGCAUCAAGAUACAUCAGAGGAUUAUAAAGUAGUAGAUGAGAAACUAAAAGAAAUAUUUGAGAUAGCGAACACCACACCGAUGGUAAGAGAAGUAGUAGCUGAGAUCUGCGACAUUGUUGCAGAACGUGGCGCUCGCCUUGUGGGGGCUACAAUGGUAGGACUUGUUAAAAAGUUAGGAAGAAUCGCCAACAGAAAGAGCGUUAUUACAGUCGAAGGUGGUCUUUAUGAGCAUUAUCGAAUCUUCAGAAACUAUCUGCACAGCAGUGUUUGGGAGAUGCUGGGAAGCGAGCUAUCAGAUAAUGUGAUUAUAGAGCAUUCGCAUGGAGGUUCAGGAGCUGGUGCACUGUUUCUUGCUGCUUCUCAUACACAUAAUGCACAUUCCUGAUUACUAUGGCUUAUGCCUAAAUAAUCGAACAUUAGUUUUACGAUAUCAAGUAUGGAAGAAUUCCUAGUUUUGAUUCUUCUUAGUUUUCAGCUUGUUCGUUUUUGUAGCAACCAUGGAAAAAUUUUCAGUUAUAAACAUUGUAAAAGAUUUAGUGAUUUGUGAAGUUCAACUGACGUGUGAAAUACAUUCACAUUAAUAGUGCAAGUAGAAGUAGUGUUCUUUCAGUUGGUCGUGAUGUCAACAAUUUUGUUGUCCUAAUUUAUAUGUGGAUUCAUGAUCAGGAUGUUUUAAUGGAAACCAAUAAG